UGUAUGGAUCGGUCAUCCACUAGUCUGCCCUGUGACCGCUGACACAUUCCAGCCAUGCUCGGAUUGCGGAUGACGUCGUUCCUCCGAUGGUCGGCUUACAGGUUGCAGCCAAUAGGAAGUGUUCCGGGAAGUCCCGGUCCUGUGCCCCUCCCCCAGUUCAGAGGUCAGUCCAUGUAAACAGAGAGGUGACAUGUGACUUGGGCCCGACAGACGUCAGGUGUCCCCGGUACGGCCCGGCCAUGGAGUGCGAUCGGAUGGACAGUCUGGAGGGCUGGGUGGCGGUACGGCCGGAUGUGUUCUCGGAGGCGGAGCGAUGUCGGUUGGGAUUUAUCGUGGCGUGGAAUGAGGUGGAGAGGAAGUUCGCUGUCACCUGUCAUAACCGGACGGUGCAGAGGAGGAGGCGGCGGGAGGAGGAUGAGGAGGAGGCCGGGGAGAGGCACAGCUGGGCCGGCCUGUACUCAGUGCGGGAUCUGGAGAACAUUCACCACCAGCUGAGCUCUGUGUGCGGCCUCCUGGAGCCAUGCCUGCCCCUCCUGCCAGCACACACCCCCGCGGACAUGCUGUGGACUCUGCUCUUCCCCGGGGAGCCGGCCUGGGAGGAGGAGGAGGUGGACGCCAUGUGCCGGGCCCUGGAGCUCUAUCUGGGGACGGCGGUAGAACAUUGCGGGCGCAAGAUUGUGCUGGACGUUGUGUUCCCGGAGGAGGAGAAAGAGGACGGGGAGAGAUACUUCCAGAGCCUGCACGAGGUCCGGCGGACCGGCCUGGAGGAGGGGGUGACCCGGGCCAAGGAGUCACUCCGGACGAUUCUUCAUCAGCAUAAAAAUGCAGAUAAAAUGACGACUUUACUGAAAGUUUACGAGGAGGAAGAUGAAGCUUUUAUGGAAUUGGUUACCAUGGCAACCCAAUUUUACCAAUACUUACUGCAGCCGUUCAGGGAUAUGAGGGAGCUUGCGAUAUUAUACAAGCUGGAAAUACUGAAAUCACUUGAAAUGGAUGAUUUAGGCCCAAAACGUAUUGAGUCGUUGGAGAAGGAGGCUGAGCAAUGGAGUGCGAGAGCAGAAGAGGCCGUGAGAUCCAUCCAGAGUGUGACAGUGAAUUAUUUCAAGGAGACCUCCAAAGCCCUGGCCGCCAUGCAGAAACAAAUGGAGCAAGAUGGGAAGAGAUUUGGACAAGCCACCUGGGCCUCAGCACUACCCAGACUGGAGAGGAUUAAAUCCAUGUUAGCAAAAGAAACCCUUCAGCAUAUGAGAUCGAAGGAGAUGUGCCUGAAUCAGAAGAGGGCAGAUAUCACACAGAAAAUGGAGAACCUGAGCGAGGGCCUUGGGGCCAUGACACUGGUGGAUGAGCUGGAAUUGCAGUACUAUGAGACACAACUAGAACUAUACGAUGUUCAGUUUGAGAUCUUGAAGUAUGAAGAAAUGUUGCUUACAGCAGAACUCGCCUCACUGCGGAGGCAGAUAAAGGAGAAAGAAGAUGAGGUUGUCUACUAUGACACAUGUGAAGAUCCCCAAGAGCUUCAGGCCCAUGCGCAGUCCCAUCACAGUAGCAGCUCCACAUUUCAGAUGCUCAAAGGAAAGGUGCAGCAGCUGGAGUCUAAACGAGGGAAGAUCUGUGCAAGACGAGCAUUGCUGCGGAACAAGAAGGAUCAGUGCAAGGAGACACAAGAAGUUAAACUGAAGCAGUACCAGGAAACCCAGAAACGGCUCCAGCAGCAUCAUUCUGUGCAGAUGAAAAGAGACAAGAAAAAAGAAGAGGCGAGGAAGAAAAAGGAGUGGGUCGAUCAGGAACGUCAAAAAGCGCUACAGAGAUUAAAAUCCUUUAAAGAUAAGACAGAAUCUCCUGCGAUACUGAAAUCCUUGCGAGUUCAGCCUCGGCUCCCAAGUAAACCUCCCGAGAGCUUAAAUCCCUCCCGGGGCACCAGAAGAGGUCCAGCAGAUAUCCCUGUUCAGAUCUUUGUGCAGAAAGGAAAUGUUGGACAAGGAACCCCAAGCACUGACCCUACUAACCCAGGCAAUCAUUUCCUACCCCCUCAUAGUCCUCCACCACCACCUCCACUUCCUCUUCCACCAGGGCCUCCUCACCUGCUUCCACCACCACCACCACCACCACCUCCACCACCACCUCCUCCACCUCCUCCUCCUCUUCCACCAAUGAGUGCUCUUUUAUCAGUGCAAGCUCCACUACCUCGUUCAGAAGAGACUUUAAAUCCUAGCGGGCCGGAACUGAUGGAGGUUGAAAAAUCACAAAAUAAAUAUACACCCGGCUCCCUAAAAGCAAAUGCAAAUCAAAGUAUAGGUUCCAUGGAAGAAGUAUUGGCAUCAUUAAAACGAGGUGAAAAUCAUCUUCGAAAAGUGGAGCAACCCCAAACCUCGAUCGAUGUAAGAGACAGUAUACUAACGGCCAUCAGAAAAGGAGUAAAGCUCCGGAAAGUACACCAACAACCUGCGAUCAAAGAUCCAGAAAAUGAACUAGAGCGAAAUAUUAAAGAAGCCAUGCAAAGAAUGAAGAAAGCAUCGGCUGACUCCGAUGACGAGGAGAGAAGUGAUUAUGCGAGUGGUGAUUGGGAUGCUUAAUAUCCAUAAAUGAUGAACAGUGUAUGUAAUAUAACACUACGUCUCAAAGCACUGGAGCAAAACAGCUAGAUGAUUGGUUAUCACUAUGUCUAGAACAUUCAACCAAGCCUAGCAUUACUGGAUGUGGAUGGAUGCCAAACAUUACAAGCUUGCAGAUUUUUAGUUACUUUAUCGGUAUGUAAAAGUUUCAUUAGAUGCCUUUAUUUUGACACCAGCAAUACCAGAUACCAACUGGUCUAUGACUCACCAUAGUCUGUGGCAGACAAGACCAUGUCCCUCUGUUAGUCCGGGGAACUCUGAGUCAAUGUACAUGCGUGAUUGGGGACAAGAAUUUAUUAAUUUUGUCUAUUUGAUCGUUUCCUAAUGUCUGACCGACAUUUGAUGGCCCUCUAGGCAGGAUUAAACCUAAUGCUUAUCA